AUUGCUGCCCGCCCGACAAGAUGCAGCGCAUGCAGAGAUUCACGGGCCGCUUCUUGACGCGCACGCCCAACGAGGCCGACGUCGAGGCCAUGCUCAAGGACUUCAACGACUCCAAGGUCAUGCUGGAAAAGCUCGAAGCCUCGGCCAAGCAAUGGCGAGACGCGUGGACAAACAUCCUCAAUCACCAGCUGUCGUCGGUCGAGUGCCUCUACACCAUCUUCAAGCCCCUCGGCGGCGAGGGCGGCUCCGCCACCCAUGUCCAUGCCGAAACUCCCGCCGCCGUCCUGGAGCGUGUCCAUGGACUGCACGAGGCCUUUGCCGAACUCAAGACGGACAUGAUGGAGGAGGUCAAGGACAUUGACCGCAAACUCGUCGUGCCCGCCAAGCUGGCCCGCGAUGCCCUGAAGCCCAUGGAAAAGGCCAUCAAGAAGCGCGAAGAUGCAAAGAUUGACUACGAGCGCUACAAGAGCCGCUGCGAGUCGCUGCAGAACAAGAAGACUCGCUCCGAGCGCGAGAACAGCGCUCUCGCCAAGCACGAAGCUGACCUCGAGCGCUCCACGCACGCAUACCAGCUGGCCGACGAGAACCUCCGCGAGCGACUGCCGCGCCUGAACGCUGCCACCUUUUCCAUCCUGCCCCACCUCUUGAGCAACCAGAUUGUGCUACAAAACAACCUAAUUGGAAACUUGUACACGGUACUGCAACAGUACUCGCAAGAGCAGGGCUACCCGGACCCCCCGCCAGAGCCCGAGGAGGUCAUACCGAUAUGGGACUCGAGUUUCACGCCGCUGCGCACCGAGAUGGAGACAAGUCUUGGCCUGCUCAAGACGGGCAAAGCGGUCCACCAGCCCAUGCGAUUGCCGGACAAGGGGGACACAGUGACUGGCUUGGGAAUCAGAAACAAGGUCCUGCCCGGCCGGAGAGCCAGCAGCAACGACAGCGUGCCCACCAUUAGCAGUAGCAGACCGGCGCGGCCGUCGCAAACGCUGUCUCCCACGUCUGAAGGAGGCCCGCCUCCCAUCAGCCUCGCCAACAAACCAUCGUACAGUUCCCUCAACGCCAGCAAGCCGAAAAUCUCGAGCUCGCCCCAUCUGAGCGCCGGUCAGGACAUGUAUGGCCGCCGUCUUUCGUCCACAUCGCAGGCUUCGUCGUAUUCAAACGGCACCAAUGGCGACGGCUACUUUGGCAAGCCCGCGGCCUCUUCCAAUGGCUCCACGCCCAGCGGAUAUCCGACCUCGCCCAACCCUGCAGCGGGAAAGAAGAAGCCACCGCCACCACCCCCGCCAAAGAAGAUUGGAUCGUUCCAGGCCGAGUACGUGACGGCCAUGUAUGAUUUUGACAGCCUUACGCCCGGCGACUUGUCUUUCCGAGAAGGCGACCGGAUCAGGGUGAUCAAGAAGACGCAGAGCUCGCAGGACUGGUGGGAGGGCGAGAUCCACGGGCAAAAGGGCAGCUUCCCUGCAAACUACUGCAAAUGAGCGUGAAACGGGCAAAAUGGGAUGACGGAAAUGAUAUCCACCUCUGCAUUAGAUCAAGGCGUUGGCGCGUUUAUGGAAUCGUCGUUUGCAAGCUGGAAGAAUCUUGGUUAAGUAUUCAACGUAAUGGAAGCUGAAUAUCGUUUUCGUCCAUAGUCUUCAGCCGCCUCCGCUGGGGUGGCUCAGCCUUCCAAUACGG